AUGACCCCACAGCGAUGGAUGCUGGCAUUCUGCUUUUCACUGACCUCAGUUUUUGGCACAGGGGAAGUGGUCACAACAACCGAUACUCAGACAUACACUUGCAGGACAUUAGGCAGCGGGGUCGUUCAGACUUUCAGCGGUUCAAGUUUCUAUGUUCGGUCCAACUGCCCGUUCACACUCACACGCUUCACCCACAACCGGGUGGGAUGUGAUGUCACCAUACGGCGAGGUGACAACGGGCUGUUGGUCCGAGUCGAGAUCAUCAUCAACAAAGUCAGGACAGCUUUGCAGAAUGGAAGCGUCCUGGUGGAGGAGAAAAGCGUUUCCCUUCCAUACGACCACACCUACCAGCAUAUCUUUCAGUACGGCAUCUACACUCGACUGACGAGCUCGCUGCUUCCUCUGUCUGUCACCUGGCACAAUGUACCUGGAGGAAUAGACAUCGUGUGGGUGGAGCUGGAGCAGGAGCUGAGCACCGACAUGUCUGGACUCUGUGGAAAACACAACAUCCCAGGCAACAGGCAGCAGUUGAUCACAGAGAGCGUGAUUCCAGAGGACACAUGUCAAACCCGAGAUCCUGUGUCCGCUAGUAAUCUAUUAUGCAGAACGUUCUUUUCCUACACCUUGGAUUGUCUGAGAGCCAGGAUGCCCGACUAUAUCCAACUCUGUGAAGAGAACAUUUACGGCUACGAAACAAGCCGACACAUCAUCUGUUCGUUCUUCAAAGAAGUUGUACAACAGUGUGGCGAGACAAGCUAUGCCUGGCGGAUAUGGAGAGAUGUAACCAAAUGUGAGGAACCAAGUUGUCCAGGAGAUCUGGUUUAUGAAAAUCAGGGUCCAGCCUUUGUUCCCAGCUGCUCCAACCCGAACCCCACGCUCUCCAACCAGGAACUCACCAGCUCCUGUCUCUGCCCAAAUGGUAAAGUCCUUAAUGAUCGCGCAUAUGGCCAUCACUGUGUCAGUGUGUCCAGCUGCUCCUGUGAGUUUGCUGGCAAGAACUACAUAAGCGGAGACAUACGAAGCACCAAGUGUCAGUCAUGUGUGUGUGACAGUGGGAAAUGGCAAUGCUCAGAGAACCUCUGCCCCACAAGAUGUCUCAUUGAAGGCCAGUUUGUGACAACAUUCGAUGGCAAACAGUAUGGCAUCCCUGGCAAAUGUAAAUAUGUGGCUUUACAGGGUCUCAACUGUACAAUAACAAUCGUGUUUUCUGAAAAGGCACCCUCUGUGACUACAGUUAUAUUUCAGCUUUUUCAGGGAACGUAUAUAUUCUCACAGAACAUGGUUACAUUCGGUGGGGAGGAGAUCAAUGAACUUCAUCAGUCUGAUCAUGCUCUGGUUUUCUGGCAGUCCUCCAUGUACGUCCAGGUCCACACAUCCUUUGGUUUGAAUUUCCAAGUCCAGAUGUCUCCUGAAAUCCAGCUGUACAUCACCGCACCCAGAAGCCACCCUGGCAUGAUCUCAGGUCUUUGUGGCAACAGCAACAAUGACACCACGGAUGACUUCACCACCAGCAGCGGGAUCAUCGAGAACUCAGUUCAACCAUUCACUCAGUCCUGGAGUGUGGCUGCUUGUGCAGUGAACAUACCCAGGACCUGCUUCAACACUGACAAUGAGAUAUAUGCUGAGAGAAAGUGCUCUGUGUUGAACAACCCAAUUGGGAUAUUUGCUAAGUGCCACGGUCAUAUCCCAACUGAUCACUACCACAUGGCUUGCAUCCAAAGAACAUGCGACUGUGGCAGCAGUCUGACUCAGUGCUUGUGUGUUGCUCUGGGCAGCUAUGCCAAAGCCUGCGCCAGUCUGGGUGUUGUAAUUGGUGACUGGAGGAAAGCCACGAACUGCACUGUGAAAUGUCAGAAAAACCAAGAGUUCUCCUACAACAUGCAAGCCUGCAACCACACAUGCCGUUCUCUGUCUGGCCCUGACCUUCUCUGUGGGCUGGAUGACGAUCCUGUGGAGGGCUGUGGCUGUCCGCAGGGAACUCACCUGAACCAAGGACAAGUCUGUACCCCGAAGGCAGAGUGUGCUUGUUACUACUACAAAGGUACAAUGGCCCCGGGGUCUGCUGUUAUCGACGGACAAAAGUGCGUCUGCGAGAAUGGAGAACUGCGCUGUUCUCGGGAUUGUGGGUGCACGAAUGGGAAGGUUUGUGUUCAUUGCUCUGAGGACGCAGUUAACACGGCUCAGAAAACCUGCGACUAUAUCAGCAAACCAACGGGUGCCAGUGUGACCUGUGAGAGUGGCUGUUACUGCCCACAUGACCAGUAUGAGGAUCACCAUGGAAACUGUGUUUCUCUGAACAACUGCACCUGUGUGUACAGUGGCAAAGUAUUCAGUGCGGGACAGCGCGUCAAAACCAACUGUAAAACAUGUAUCUGUGGUCAGGGUCAGUGGCACUGCAAAGAUGAGCCUUGCCCGGGGCAGUGUCAAGUUUACGGAAACGGACACUACCAGACCUUUGACUCCAAACGGUACCGCUUUGCUGGACAGUGUCAGUACACACUUGUCGAGGAUGCCUGUGGAAAUAGAAACGGCACCUUCUCUGUCAGAGUGGAGAGUGUCCCCUGCUGUGACGAGGCGCUCACCUGCUCUCGCUCCAUCAUCCUUGACCUGCAGGGCGAAGUCACCCUGACGCUGAGCGACAUGAAGGUGACCAGACGCCUCCAUGAAGGCUGGACUCCGCAGGAAGAUUCACUUUACUCCACACACACUUUGGGACUCUACGUCGUAAUCUCAGUGCCGAGCAGAGGGAUAACUCUCAUCUGGGACAAACACACCCGGAUCACCAUAGAGCUGCAUGCAUACUGGAGGAAACAAGUGUGCGGCCUCUGUGGGAAUUUUGACUCCAAUGAGAUGAAUGACCUACUGAUAAGUGGCUCAGCAGUGUCCAGUCCCCUGGCAUUUGGCAACAGCUGGAAAGCCGCCACACCUCCUUGCUCUGAUGUGACCACUGAGAUAUUUCCAUGUGAACGCAACUCCUACUGCUCAGCAUGGGCCCAGCGGCGCUGUAUGAUCCUUACAGGAGACACAUUCAAACAAUGCCACUUAAAAGUGGAUCCAGACCCCUACUACCAUGCCUGUGUGCAGGAGUCCUGCUCCUGUGAGUUUGAAGGGAAGUUCCUUGGCUUCUGCACAGCUGUGGCCGCCUACGCAGAGGCCUGCAGCGACCAGGAUGUGUGUGUGAAAUGGAGGACACCUGAUAUGUGUCCGGUCUACUGUGACUACUACAACGAGCAGGGGCAGUGUAGCUGGCACUAUGAAGCCUGUGGCGAGAUGCUGACCUGCGGCAAAGACAACUACAUCACUCACAAGCUGGAAGGCUGCUACCCUAGAUGUUCAAAGGAGGAGCCAUACUAUGAUGAAAAUACUGGGGAAUGCACUAAAUUGAGAAACUGCACCUGUUAUUUUAAUGACACUGUCAUUCAACCUCGGGCAGUGGUAAUGAUACAGUCUAUUGAGUGCCACUGUAACAAUGGAACAGUAAACUGCCCACCUCGAAUACCUCCAACCACCACACCUGCCACCACUCCAACAUCAAGCACUCCCACUACAGCUAGCUUAACUACGGCUGAAACAUGGUCAACAACGCCUCCCACCACCUCUUCACUAAUGACGACCAUUAACAAUAUCUCAACUACGACUGAAAAUUUGUCAACUGAGCUUUCCACCACGUCUACACCUGCAACUUCUUUAACUACAGCUGAAACACGGUCAUCAACACCCACCACCACCUCUCCACCAAUGACGACCAUUAACAAUAUUUCAACUACUACUGAAAAUUUGACAACUGAGCCUUCCACCACAUCUACUCCAACAACUACAACUUCCUUAACUACGGCUGAAACAUGGUCUACAACGCCUCCCAUCACCUCUUCACCAAUGACGACCAUUACCAAUAUUACCACUGCGACUGAAAAUUGUACCACCGUCUCAGAGCCAACGACGUCUAAAUCUACGACGAUGCCACCGACAACAUAUACCAUUGAGAAUUCAAGCUCCACACCCAAUAUGUGUGAAUGUACAGACCUGAAGAGGAGAAAACGCUGGGAUUGUGGUGAGACGUGGACAGAGGAUUGCUUCCAUAAGACCUGUGCAGGUGGGACGAUAGAGUUGACUUCAAUGGUUUGCCCGGAGCUUUCAAUUCCCAACUGCCCCAGAGGCCAGGUCACAAAAGUCUCGGAUGGAUGCUGUGAAACAUGGAAGUGUGACUGUCGCUGUGAGCUAUAUGGGGACCCCCACUACAUCUCUUUCCAAGGUGUAAAUUUUGAUUUCCUGGUCGAAUGCAGCUACAUCCUGGUGGAGGAGAGGUCACCACGUCAUACCCUGACCAUUGCUGCGGAAAACAAAGACUGUGUAGAAGGCCUCCAUGGUGCCUGUAUUAAAAGCGUCAUCGUGCAAUAUCAGAACAAUAUAGCUACACUCAGUAUCCUUCCAGAUUUGUUCAUAGUACAGGCCACUCUGAACAACGUGACCAUAGAGCCACCAUAUGAGGAGCAUGGGAUUAGGUUUGAGACCACGAUGUACGCAGUGUCAAUCUACCUGCCAGAGAUCCGUUCUUAUGUCUCCCUCAGUCCGGCCUAUACCCUGGUGGUCAGUUUGGCCAUGGAGCACUUCCUCAACAACACCCAGGGACAAUGUGGAGUAUGUGGUGUUGGAUCAUGUAUCCGUAAAGGAGGGCAGAUGGAGGACGACAGCUGCUGUGAUAAGACGGCUUAUGACUGGGUGUACGACGACCCGCUGAAACCAGCCUGUGCUUUUACACCAAGGGACGUACCUUGUCUCUCACCAACUACAGUAACCCCUACAGCCACCCCCUGCCCUGCAAGCCUUCUAUGUGUGCUGCUAGACCACCCAGCCUUUUCAAAUUGCAGCCAGUAUGUGAAUUUGAACCUUAAAAAGAAGAACUGUGAGUUUGAUUCAUGCAGGAAUGGUCCUUGCGCUUCACUAGAGCAAGCUGCUACUGAAUGCAUGAAAGCUGGCUUCUGUAUUGACUGGAGAGCACUGACUAAUGGAAAAUGCACUGUGCCAUGUCCAAAAGGAUUGGUUUACAGAGAAUGUCAUGACAGGCUGGAUGACUUCUGCUAUGGAGGGUUUGUUUAUCGAGGAUCCUCCCUCGAGAGCAGCAGAGAAGGCUGUUUUUGUCCCAGCGGCCAAAUCAAGGCAGGAAACCACUCAAACACCUGUGUGUCGGACUGUCUCUAUUGUAAAGGACCACUCGGUGAGCCCAAACUGCCUGGUGAGGUGUGGCAGUCCGGCUGUCACCUGUGUAAAUGUAACAACCAGACUCUCACAGAGGAGUGUGUUCCUAAACCUCCUGAGCAAGUUCUGCAAUGUGGCCCCAAGUCUGUACUGGUAAACGGCCCUUGCUGUGGUAAACAGAUUUGUGUUGAGAAGACAUGCAGCUAUCAUCAACAAACAUACAAGAUAGGAGACAGAUGGAAGGAUGCCGCCCAUCCCUGCAUUUCAUUCAGUUGCAGCAAAGAGGGUAUUCAGACUGAGACUAGAGUCUGUCCCCAAGACAAGUGUCCGGAGGAGGACAGAAUUUGGGAUGACCAACACUGCUGCUUUACAUGUAAGUUAAGUCAAAAUCCAUAA